AUGGACGCCUUCGUGCUGUGCCUCGUGGCCCCAGCCACCAGCAGCAGCAGCAGCAACAGCAGCAACAGCAGCAGCAGCAGCAGCAGCAGCAGCGACGUGUGCGCACCCCUUGGCCUGCUGGAGGAAUUCUCCAGCUUCAUAGAAGAGCUGGAGAAGCAAAAUGUGGCAAUGGACUCUUUGGCUCCCAUUUGCCUCGACAGCAGCAGCAUGCCUGCAGACGCUGGAAGCUACUCCCCACUGCGCGACGCUGUGGACCGCCACGGGCACUGCUUUGCUCUUUUCAAAGGAAAGACCCUGCAG